AUGGAUUCCCACGAGGCCGCAGUGUCUGCGGUCGCCGCCCAGGUCGAACGAUUCCACCACCGUCAGCAGCCGUUCCGGAUCUACCAUGGCUCUACUAACAGCACGCGCCAGUCGCAGCACAGCGCGGCUAAUACUAUCAGCACGGCCCAUCUCACCCGGGUCCUCGAGGUCAACCGCGACGCUAAAACCGCCGUGGUCGAGCCCAAUGUCCCGAUGGACGCGCUCGUGCACGCGACUCUGGCACACGGGCUGGUGCCGCUCGUCGUGAUGGAAUUCCCGGGCAUCACCGCCGGCGGUGGUUUUUCGGGCACUUCGGGCGAAAGCAGUUCCUUCCGACACGGCUUCUUCGAUGCCACCGUCAACUGGAUCGAGAUCGUCCUGCCGAACGGCGAGGUGCGGCGUGCGUCGCCCACCACCGAUGCGGACCUCUUCUGGGGCGCGGCCUCCUCCUUCGGCACGCUGGGCGUCGUCACGCUCGUGGAGGUGCAAUGCCGCGAGGCUAAACCCUACGUCGAGCUCCGGUACCUCGCCGCACCGAGCAUGAACGCCGCCAUGGACUUGUUCCGCGCAGAGACGGCCGACCCCUCGACCGAGUACCUCGACGGGAUCGUGUUCGCGCGCGACCACGUCGUUGUUUGCGCCGGACGGCUCGUCGAUACGGCGCCCGGUGGCACCAUCCAACGGUUCACGCGCCCGCGCGACCCCUGGUUCUAUCUCCAGGCCCAGCGUCGCGCACCUGUCUUGAAGCCAACAGACUCCACUCCCACCCCGGUGGACUACAUUCCCCUAGAAGAUUACCUCUUCCGAUACGACCGCGGCGCAUUCUGGACCGGUCGAUACGCCUACUCGUACUUCAUCACGCCGUUCAACCGCAUCACACGCUACAUCCUCGACUACUUCAUGCACACGCGCGUGAUGUACCACGCACUACACAAAAGCGGUCUCUCCGACCAAUUCAUCAUCCAAGACGUGGCAGUACCCUACCACGCGACCGACGAGUUCGUCACCUGGCUCGACAACAAAGACACCUUCGGCGCGUAUCCCAUCUGGCUCUGCCCACUGAACCACACGCGCGGCGUAAUGGCCCCAUCCUCCCACGCGCCCCAAUCCCAAUCCCAGCCCACCGACCCCGCCAACUCCGACAGCAACUACCUCAUGAACUUCGGCCUCUGGGCGCCCUCGCGACACGCACGUAACACGCCCGGCUUCGUGGCACAGAACCGCCACCUCGAAGAUAAAGUCCGCUCCCUCGGCGGCAAGAAGUGGCUCUACGCGCACGCAUACUACACCGAGUCCGAAUUCUGGUCCAUCUACGACAAACCGGGGUACGACGCGCUGCGGGAAAAGUACCACGCGUCGUAUCUGCCAGACCUGUACCAGAAGGUGCGGGUUGAUCUGCGCGACGACGGGCGCGGGGGACUGCGGAUUGCGGGGGGUGGGAAGCAGCGGACAGGUGUGUUGGGGUGGGUGAAGGGUUUGCUGUGGGGGGUGUGGCCUGUGAGUGGGCUUUAUGGGGUCUAUCGGGCUUGGAGGGGGGAGAGUAUUUGUUGA